AAGAAACUUCAGAAUGAGCGGAAGAGGCAAGACCGGAGGAAAGGCCAGAGCCAAGGCCAAGACUCGCUCCUCCCGCGCAGGACUGCAGUUCCCCGUGGGCCGUGUCCACAGGCUGCUGCGCAAAGGCAACUACGCGGAGCGUGUUGGUGCCGGAGCCCCCGUCUACCUGGCGGCCGUCCUGGAGUAUCUGACCGCUGAGAUCCUGGAGCUGGCUGGAAACGCUGCCCGCGACAACAAGAAGACCCGCAUCAUCCCCCGUCACCUGCAGCUGGCCGUCCGCAACGACGAGGAGCUCAACAAGCUGCUGGGUGGAGUCACCAUCGCUCAGGGUGGAGUGCUGCCCAACAUCCAGGCGGUGCUGCUGCCCAAGAAGACCGAGAAGGCCGCCAAGGCCAAGUAGAGCUGCUGGCCGUCAACACUGCUGGA